UUCAGCAUAGCAGUUGGAUCCUACACGUACUGCAGAUCCACACUUCAGACGACACGCACCGAUCGUAGGAGCCCUUGGCCUGCAUACGCCGCCGACAUGCCUUCUCUCGCCCUCAUCGAUCACUCACCCCGCCAACCGAACCCCUCCCCGCCGAUACCCACUGCCUCCAACGUCAUCCUCAUUGACAACUACGACUCCUUCACCUGGAACGUCUACCAGUACCUCGUCUUCGAAGGCGCCACCGUCACUGUAUACCGCAACGACGAGAUCACCCUUGACGACCUCAUUGCGAAGAACCCCACACAGUUGGUGGUCAGUCCUGGGCCAGGGCACCCGACCAAGGAUGCAGGAAUCAGCAAUGCCGCAAUCCAGCACUUUGCUGGAAAGAUUCCCAUCUUCGGCGUAUGCAUGGGCGAGCAGUGCAUCUUCUACUCCUUCGGGGGCACAGUGGACGUGACAGGCCAGAUUUUGCACGGCAAGACAUCACCUCUCACCCACGACGGCAAGGGCGUCUAUGUCGGUGUCACUCAGAAGGUCCCCGUCACAAGAUACCACUCGCUCGCCGGCACUCAUGCCACCCUGCCUGACUGUCUUGAAGUGACCUCGACAAUCCCAGCGAAUCCUGACUCAGACAUCAAGGAGGUCAUCAUGGGAGUGCGCCACAAAGAAUUCGUGAUUGAAGGUGUGCAAUUCCACCCGGAGAGCAUCUUGACAGAAGACGGACGAAUCAUGUUCAGGAACUUCCUCCAAAUGCAGGGCGGAACCUGGGCGGAGAACGAGAAGCUGCGGAAGGAAGCACACGCAAAGGCGACUGGUGUCGCGACAAACGGUACCACCGCCGACACCAAGAAGGACAAGCAGACAUCGAUCCUGGAAAAGAUCUACGCACACCGCAAAGCCGCUGUUGCUGAGCAGAAGAAGAUUCCGUCUCAAAGGCCGAGCGACCUCCAGGCUUCUUACGACCUGAACCUCGCUCCGCCGCAAAUUAACUUUCCCGAACGCCUCCGUCAGUCACCUUACCGCCUUUCCCUCAUGGCUGAGAUCAAGCGCGCAUCGCCAUCCAAGGGCAUAAUCUCGCUUUCUACCUGCGCGCCUGCUCAGGCACGAACAUACGCAAAGGCUGGCGCCAGCACCAUCUCUGUGUUGACCGAGCCUGAAUGGUUCAAGGGUAACAUUGAUGACCUCAGGGCUGUGCGCCAAAGCCUGGACGGUAUGCCCAACAGGCCCGCAGUUUUGCGCAAGGAGUUUAUCUUCGACGAGUACCAGAUUUUGGAGGCAAGGUUGGCCGGUGCAGACACAGUUCUCCUGAUCGUGAAGAUGCUCGACCAGGAGCUCCUCGAGAGACUGUACAAGUACUCGCAAUCACUUGGCAUGGAGCCUCUUGUUGAAGUCAACAACGUCGAGGAGAUGGAGAUUGCUGUGAAGCUUGGGUCAAAGGUCAUCGGCGUCAACAACCGCAACCUCGUAAACUUCGAGGUCGACAUGGACACCACUAGCCGCCUCAUGAGCAUGGUCACAAAAGACAUCAUUGUCUGCGCCUUGAGCGGAAUUGCUGGCCCCAAGGACGUCGAACCCUACGUGGAGAACGGCGUUGGCGCAGUCCUGGUCGGCGAAGCGCUUAUGCGAGCGUCGAACACCGCUGAAUUCAUUGUGGAACUCCUCGGCGGCACAACAGUAAAGCCGGCACGAGUCUCUUCAACACCCAUGGUCAAGAUCUGUGGAACACGGAGCGCUGAAGCAGCGAAGACAGCUAUUGAAGCAGGUGCCGACCUGAUCGGUAUGAUUCUGGCGAUCGGCACAAAGCGCACCGUUUCUGCAGAAACAGCCCUGGCAAUCUCAGAAACAGUGCACAAGACGAAGAAGCCGCAAGUAACGAAGUCAGGGUUGCUGGCAGAUGCGAAAUCUGCCUCUGACUACUUUGACCACGCCACGCAGCGACUCGUGUCUGUCGAUGACCGGGCUCUGCUUGUCGGUGUGUUCCGCAACCAGUCAUUAGAGUAUGUACUGGAGCAGCAGCGAUUGCUGAAUCUGGACAUUGUUCAACUUCACGGCCAAGAACCGGUCGAGUGGGCCAAACUCAUCCCAGUGCCAGUCAUCAAGGCGUUCAACCCCCACGAUCACGGCAUCGGAAGCCGCGGUCACCACGCGCUGCCGCUUCUUGACGCGGGGUCUGGUGGAUCUGGCAAGCAGCUUGACCUUUCCGAAGUGAAGGAUGUUCUCGCAAAGGAUGAGGGUCUUAAGAUCAUCUUUGCAGGUGGUUUGAACGCCGACAAUGUGCAAUCCACGCUGGGCGGUCUUGACGAGUACCGAGACAGAGUCAAGGCGGUGGACGUCAGCAGUGGCGUAGAAGGCGACGAUGGUCAGCAGAGCUUGGACAAGAUUCGAGCAUUCAUCAAGGCAGCGAAGAGUUAGACAUAGGCUAGUUCGAAUUACCGGCCUGCGAACCGACUCAUUAUUAACACCUCGAAAUCAAGUACACCAUGUUCGAUGCGCCUGUUAACACUCAUGGAUACAUCUAACUAACCAUCAGGGUACGGCAAUGGAAGCGCCAAGAGCAACGUAGCGGACGGAGUGGGAGCGGUGACCGGUCGCACUCUCACCUGUCUUAGCGUUGAAUCGCGCGAUUAGAAGUAGUCUUACUUCAAAGUAGGCACACCACUAAAAGGUGAAGUACUUGACUGUUGCAGAACCUGUUGCCUGAUAAAGAGUCGUCACCCACAGUUGAUAGCUUUGGAUUUCUUCCUUCUACACCCACCUCUAACUACAACUCACCUAGACCGUGCCUGUGGUUCAUUCAAG